AUGACUAGUCGCUACUUUGCGGAUCUGGACAAGUACUGUGAGUCAGACGUUGUCAUUGUGGGAGCUGGCUCCUGUGGAUUGUCUGCAGCAUGGACUCUUGCGACUUCGAGACCAGAUCUCAAGAUCGCAAUUGUUGAGGCAAAUGUUUCAAUUGGUGGAGGUUGCUUCCUUGGAGGCCAACUUUUCAGCGCCAUGGUUAUGCGUAAGCCAGCCCAUAUCUUCUUGCAAGACUUGGGAAUUGAGUAUGAGGAUGAAGGAGACUAUGUUGUGGUCAAGCACGCAGCAUUGUUCAUCACCACUCUUUGUGCCAAGGUUCUUGCUCUUCCCAAUGUGAAGCUUUUCAACGCUACUGCGGUUGAGGACCUUAUCACCAGACGCGACGCUUCGGGUGAAGUUCGCGUCGCGGGUGUAGUAACCAACUGGACAUUGGUUACUAUGCACCAUCACGACCAAUCGUGUAUGGAUCCAAACACCAUCAACGCUCACGUUGUUCUUUCAACUACUGGCCAUGAUGGACCCUUUGGGGCUUUCUGUGUCAAGCGGUCUGCCGAGAUUGGUUUGCUUGAAAAACGAACCGGCAUGAAUGGUUUGGACAUGAAUUUGGCUGAGGAUGCCAUUGUCAAGGGAACCAGAGAGAUUUUGCCCGGGCUGGUUGUUGGAGGUAUGGAGUUAGCCGAGGUUGACGGAUGUAACCGUAUGGGGCCCACUUUUGGUGCAAUGGCUCUUUCGGGAGUCAAGGCUGCCGAGUCGAUCCUCCAGGUCUAUGACGUUCGUAAGGAGCAAAAUGAGAGCUCGUACUAA